CCGCUUCCUAAACUAUCAAGAUUAUUUAUUUCUUCAAUUCUUGUCUUUUAAUUUAAAGGGACAGAAUAAAAGGCAUGAAAAGGAACUCAAUAUGUGAAGCGUUACUUUAGAGUCAGAUUUUAGGAUGAUCCGGCUUUCCAGACAAGGCCUUGUGCUAUUACUGAUAGCAGGUGCUUUUCCUACUCUGAUACUGGUGUACCUCACAUUCACCUCAGAUGAUGGGUACGCAGGGGAAGCUACAUUCCAAAGACUUGAGCUAAAGUUUGCAAGUAAGCUAAGAGAGCUAAGCAUGGACAACAGAGCUCUUAGAAAACAAGUCAGCUUGGCUCGGACAGAGUUGGCAGCAUUUGAAAUGAAUGUAGAUGAAGCAAGUCCCAAAUCAUUCAACAACUGUGCCAAUACUCAGCAGGAGGUUCCAAAAUGUGAGGUGAUACAUAUAGCCAUUGUAUGUUCUGGACACAAGUCAACAAGAGAUGUUGUGACCCUCAUAAAGAGUGUCUUGUUUUAUCGAAAAAAUCCUGUACAUUUCCACUUCCUCUCCGACACCACUGCACAGGUCAUUCUGAACUACCUGUUUGAGACUUGGAGUGUUCCUGAUGUCAAAAUCAGUUUCUAUCAUGCAGAUAAAGUAAAGGAAGACAUUGAAUGGAUCCACAACAAACAUUACUCUGGUAUAUAUGGCCUGCUGAAGUUAGUCCUACCUAAAACACUCCCAACAUCUCUGGAAAAGGUGAUUGUCUUGGAUACAGAUGUUAGUUUUGCCACUGACAUUGCAGAGCUAUGGAAAAUGUUCAGUUUUCUUAAUGGAUUAAAGGUGCUUGGUUUGGUAGAAAACCAGAGUGACUGGUACUUGGGGAAAAUUUGGAAGAACCACAUUCCAUGGCCAGCCUUGGGCCGUGGAUUUAACACAGGGGUCAUUUUGAUGAAUUUGCGUGUUCUGAGGGAGAUGAAUUGGAUGGAGAUGUGGAAGAAGAUUGCUGUGAAAGAACUAGAAACAAUGCAGUACACACAGUUAGCUGAUCAGGAUAUUUUCAAUGCGGUUUUGAAGGAACACCCCUACUUUGUGUACCAUUUACCUUGUCAGUGGAACGUUCAGCUGUCAGAUAACAGUAAGAGUGACAAGUGUUACAAUCAGCUGGAAGAACCCAAGAUAAUUCAUUGGAAUUCACCCAAGAAGUUUAAAGUGGAAAACAAGCACGUGGAUUAUUUCAGAAACUUGCACUUAGCAUUUGUGGAAUACGAUGGAAAUCUGCUACGUCGAGAGCUGUUUGGUUGCGAGAAAUCAGAGGAUGCAAAUCCAACAGCAGCCCCAGAGGAGGUAAGCGAGGAUGAAUGCUACGAGUUCCGACGUGAGCAAUCGCUUGUCCAUCGCACGCACCUGUUCUACCUGGACUACAAAUACCAGCCCGAGGAGUACGAUGUGACCCUAGUGACCCAGUUAAGUAUCGAUCGCCUCCAGAUGUUGGAACUGCUGUCAAAUCGCUGGGAGGGGCCGAUCAGCCUCGCCCUUUACUUGUCCGAUGCUGAGGCCCAACAGUUCCUUAAGUAUGCCCAGGAUUCAGAAAUAUUGACCAAGAGAACAAACAUUGGAUAUCAUAUUGUGUACAAAGAUGGGCAAUUUUAUCCUGUGAACUAUCUGCGCAAUGUGGCCCUGAACCAGAGCCAGACAUCUCACAUGUUUCUGAGUGACAUAGACUUUUUACCCAUGCCCGGCCUGUAUAAUCACCUGAAAAGUGUUGUAUCAAGGAUUGACAUGGAAAAAGAAAAUAAAGCGUUAGUCAUACCAGCUUUUGAAACCCAGAGGUAUAGAUUAGAAUUUCCCACUACAAAAGCCGACCUCUUGACAAAGCUUGAUAAGGAAGAAAUAUUUACUUUUAGAUACGAUGUUUGGCCACAAGGCCACCUUCCAACGAACUACACCAAAUGGAGAACUGCUAAAGCUAUGUAUACUGUGAAAUGGGAGCGUGAUUAUGAGCCAUACAUUGUUGUCAAGAAAGGGAUUCCUCUGUUUGACCAUCGCUUUGUUGGCUUUGGAUGGAACAAAGUCUCCCAUGCAAUACUACUAGAUCUUUUAGGGUACAAAUUUGUUGUCUUGCCAGAUGCAUUCAUUAUUCAUAUGCCUCAUGCUCCUAGUCUAGAGAUCACCAAGUUCCGUAACAAUGCACUAUACAGAAAUUGUCUUAAGACUUUGAAAGGUGAAUAUCAGCGAGAUUUAUCUAGAAAAUAUGGAUUGAAGGCCCUCAAAUACUUGUCAGUGGACUGAGCAGUGAUUUCACAUUGUCAUGAAAUCAGAGACAUCCUGUAUUAUUCUCUUUCUUAAAAGUUUAAUAGUUUUACCUCAUAUAUAAGUUUAAAGAUACUCAAGACAUUGUUAACUUCAGUUGAAUUUAACAAGGCAGCCAAAACAAAACAUGUAGUGUCUUCCUAUAAGCCAUUAACCUCUGUCUGAUUUUUAGUGUCAAAUCUUGACUAGCAUCAACAAAAGGUUACUGUAAACCUACUAUUAUUUGCAUGCGAUAGAUCCUCGCCAGGCUCGCAAGAGCCUCGUUUUUGAAAAUUUUUCCCACCUCGAACCAGUCCUUGUUGAAUUGUUUUUUAUAACAACACUAGUAUAAAAAAGGACUUUGUCAAAAAUUAGUUUGGACAAUGAAAGUUUAAUUGUUUACAUGUUAUUUGUGCAUUUAUUAAUUCAGAUCUUCUACCUGUGCAUCAUUUAAAUGGCCAGUAUAUUUCGUUUUAAAAAAAUUGUGCUAACAAUUCUGGAACAAUACUUCAUUUUAUGAGGUAUAAUUUUAUCAUAUACAUAUUGUAUUCUUAUGAACUGCCAUAUUGCAAUAUUUUGUUGAAAUAUUGAGUAAUUUUAUUUUUAGACUAUAGUCAUAACCAUCACUCAUGUAUGAGAGGAAGAUUGUGUAUCAAAUAUUUGGAUUUUCAAACAGCUGUACUUAGUUUUAUAGAUGCAUGUUUCUUUUUAUAUUUGUAUUUGAUAUAAUGCAGGCAUUGUGCAGGGCUUUCAAAUGUAAUUUGUUGUGCUAUUUAUUUGAUAUUUUUUUUUAUGAAACAUUGUUGUGUAUUUUGAGUAUGAUUUCUCAAAAGAGUAUUGUGAAUUUUUUUAUACAGCAACGUCGUAAUACAAAUACAAAAUGGAUAAAAGACACAAAUUUAA